GGCGGUGACUCGCGUAGGUACGCUAAAUAAGACAUUGUGAGCCGGGUGUUGCUUAUGGAUAGGGGCCAAAACUAUGGUGCUACUCGAGUAUGGAGAUGCACGUGGUGUCUGCCGAGGGGUUUCCUCGAUGGAGAUAAUACGAGAAAUCAUGUGACUCCAAAAAUUUAACUUCGUGGCAAACUACCUCCAGAGACUAUUAAAAGUGGUUUCGAAGUGAUGAGGACAUGAUUCUGUCAGUCAAGGUCUUGAAUAUUGAAUAUUCUUAAAAAUGGAUUUAUGUACGACCCAUAGAAAUAUUAUAUUAUAUAAACUCUCAUAAAAUUAAGUGUUCCUGAAAUUAUUAUUUUACUCUUUUCAUGCAACUUAGAUUAGUUUUGUAAAUUAGUACCAAGGUUAGCAUCUUGAAGUUGUUUCUUUUUAUGUUAAGUUAACUAAAUGAAGACAGAAAAAUUUAUUAUAAAAUAGUUUUUUCUUUCUUCGUUGAAGUAAAAUUGUUUUUAUUAAGUUGUACAUUUGAAAGUGCUCGCCUUGAGGAUUUGUCAUUUUACCCAAGGAGAAGCGGACACGGCGAAUCUCACGAAACUUUAUAAGGAAUUUCAAUCCGGAAUAUCGCUGAGUCGGUAAUGAAUUGGAUGAAACUCGCUACGGAGUGUCGCGCUAUGAAGGCGUCGAGUUUGAAAUUUUUCUUCGGAAAAUUGGAAGAUUUUCUCGGUGACAAAGUUUUCUUAAAGGGAAAAUUUUAUUUAGAGUACAGAGGUUGGAAGUUGGAGUUAUUUUGAAAUAAGUAAUACUGUAUUACAGAAGUAAUACCGUGUUAUUACAUAUUGCAUGUGUAUUUGUUCGUAGCAUGUUUAGUAAAAGCAUAAUUGGACUGGUUUUAUGUUAUUAAAAUAAACCUGCGCUAUAUUCGUUGCGUUUACAUACAUUGCGUGCUUUUAUUAUUUCAAUAUGUAUUUCAAAAUCAAUACAUAUAAAUAAAAUUAAAAUGUCUGUCUGUGAAUUCAAAAUACCUAUUUUUUAAAGUGCUUAUAUCUAUUUACAUGAUAGAUACUAAAAUAACAUUAUCAUUAUUUACCUAUAUUCGGCUCACUGCUGAGCUCGAGUAUCCUCCAGACUAAUCGCUAGAACGGCAAAACGGCUCCACGGCUCCGCUGUGCCGUCACCACACGGCUGGAGGGUGUCGUACAACGCGACCUGUAAUUUCUGUGUAAGCAUUGUUAAUCCUGAAUAUAGCGUGCGCAACCGGUUUUAAUACUUGCUUUAUAAAAAAAAAACUUACAUAAAUGAAACCUCAAUAACUCCACAAUUGAGGAUCUGGACGCAAGACUUUGGUACUGAGUUCGAAUCAUGCUGGCCGGAGUAAUUUCGUGUUCUAAUACUAGUUUUAUAUAACCGAAUUAAGUUACAACUUGAACGGUUUCGAGAGCGAACCGAUCCAGAUAGGCGACGUCACUUUGGUAAUUGUUUUUAUUUCGUUAUUUAAUUAUAUACGAUAUUAACAUUCAUAGGUACACCAUUCAUAGUAAAUGUCUAGGCGCAAUUCUAUUUGUAUCAUCGUGUUCGACCUACAUUUCUGUGAUCGAUCAGGUUUUUCGGAGUCGCAAACGGUAAAAGUAGAUGAUCUGAGCUGCAAUUCCUCUAUUUUACAAUUUUACACACGUCGACUACCUUUUCGCGUAUAACACGUUUUAUUCGAAUUUGAACUUUAUGUUUAUAGGAUACCAAAAUUAAAAUGUCACUAACAACGAACUUGCCAUGGAAACUCCGCGACAUCUUUUCGUCCGAAAUUUCUCAGCGCCUGAAGACGAAAUUCUUCGAACAGUGUGUGUUGCCAAUGAUGACCUACGGAUCCGAAACUUGGUCGCUAACUAUGGGCCUUAUUAGAAGGCUUAAAAUCACUUAGCGGGCGAUGGAGAGAGCUACGCUUGGAGUUUCUCUGCGCGAUCGAAUCAUAAAUGAGGAGAUCCGCAGACGAACCAAAGUCACUGACAUAGCUCAGCGAGUCGCGAAGCUGAAGUAGCAAUGAGCAGGCCACAUAGUUCGAAGAGCCGAUGGACGUUGGGGUCCCAAGGUGCUGGAAUGGCGACCCCUCGCCGGAAAGCGCAGCGUUGGUUGUCCCCCCACUUGGUUGACCGACGACAUCAAGCGGCUUGAGACCAUUAUGCUUGGAAGUCCAUGCAAGAGGCGUAUGUCCAGCAGUGGACGUCCAUCGGCUGAUAAUGAUGAUCAUGACAAGUAAUUUACUUCAAACUUUGUCAAACUUAGUAACGUUGGUGAGAUGUUCGGUUGAUUAAAAAGCAAAUAUCAAAUGGAUUCAGUCACUCUAUACAUCAAUGAAGCACGCCUGAAAACGUAUGGUGAAAAUAAAACCUAUAUUAAUCGAAGGAUAGUAGCGUGGCCGAUACGGGCGGGCGCGCACGGGUCGCCGGUUCGCUUCCCCGGCGAUACAUUCUUGUAUUGAGUGUUGAUUACUUACAAUUGAUUGAGUGUACACUAUGUAAAUAGUCAUGUUUUUACCGUUUUAUCUAUGUUAUUUAUCUUAAAAGUGUUUGUUUAGGUCACAUUUUUAUUCUGUCCACUGGUCGAAUUUAACUGUAAUUAAUUAAUUAAAUUAAACUCAGUAACUAGAUAAUUUUUAAUUUAUUUAAUUUAUCGAUGAACAGUUUUAGUUUUACACGCGUAGUUUUCAUUCAUGUGGAAUACUGUGACAACAUGUAUUUUAUGUUAUUUUAGUAAAGAUGUAGGUUUCUAAUCCCCUUCCUGAAGUUAUACUGCGGUAUUAGGAAGGAAAGGAGGAGAUGAGACAAAAAAAAGGUUUCUGAUGGUGAAAGAACUUUUUUAAUCGGUCAAGUAGACAUCAUCAUCAUAUCAGUCGAUGGACGUCCACUGCAGGACAUAAGCCUUUUGUAGGGACCCUUGACUACAAUCUCACCUGAUGUUAAGUAAUAAUGCAAUCUAAGAUGAAAGCGGGCUAACUUGUUAGGAGGAGGAUGAUAAUCCACACUCCUUUCGAUUUGUACACGACAUCGUACCGGAACGCUAAAUCGCUUGGCGGUACGUCUUUGCCGGUAGGGUGGUAACUAGCCACGGUCGAAGCCUUCCUCCAGCCAAUGGUUGGACGAGAAAAUUGUUGUUUUUCAACUUUUCAACUACAGGUUAGUCCAGGUAUUAAAAAAACAAACAUACUCUACACGUAUAAAAAAAGCAAGAACGCGCAGUGUUGGUCGACCCCCACCAGGUGGACUGACGACAUCAAGCGAGUCGCAGGGAUUCGCUGGAUGCAGGCGGCUCAGUAUCGUGAUGUUUCGAAGUCCCUACAAAGGUCUAUGUCUUACAGAGGACGUCCGCUGAUAUGAUGAUGAUGAUGAUGAUGAUGAUGAUGAUGAAAACGUGACAACAAGAGUUAGGUGCCUACUUUCGCUUCUAGUAUCAGUGCGGAUAUUCCAAGGACAAUGAUGACGUUCUGAAUAUUUUUUUUUCUUGUGUUCUAUUGUAAUUAGGUCGUACCAUUUUACGACGUCGCCUCAAGUAGUCCUUUAUCCUUUGAUAUUAUACCCCUGCUAGCCUUUGUUACAAAAAUCAACAUUAAUUUUCCCCCUAACCAUAUAGUUACCUUCUUUUUUUUGCAAGAAGCAAUACAAAAAAAACAGACAUUUUAACACAGAAGGACAAGUAAUGUAUAUUUACAGUUAGUGUGAAAAUUUAAAAGUGCUAAAGAUUCGCACGAAAACUAAGCAAAAUGGGAUGUGGUUCUUCGGGUCACGUGAUAGCCCCGGCAGAGGACGGCCACAAGAUGGCCAAUGGCAACGAUAAGAUGACCAAUGGCAACGACAAAAAGGCCAGUUGCAACGAGGCAAACGACACAAACAAGGCAAACGAGGCAAACGAGACAAACAGGGCAAACGGAGCAAACAGUCACCACCAUACUGACGAUUUACCGACUGUAGUGUUACCCGAUACUCCCGCUAAGCCUAGACCUCCGAUCGCGUUUGAGAUCCCCAUAGAGGAGUUCGACGUGAACCCCAAGGCGACGACCCCUCCCCCGCACCUGCAGAGGCUGCUGCACCCCCCGCCCGCUGACAUCAAACUACCCGACAUCAGGGAGAAAUUGGCCGAAGCUGAGCAGAGGAGACUUCUGAUUCUACAGCAACGGGCGGCGUCAGCACAAAAAAGAGCUCAAAGAAUGACAAAGUCCUCGAAAAUUAAUGACGAUUUCCUCGGACCUGAAGAAAGCAAACAUGGCCCCAACGUGGUUACCAUUUCACCGGAGCCCGGCGUUUGUGAAGACAAAAACAUAUGAUAACUUACAACUACUUAUAGAAAAUAAUGAGCAAUUUCGACACUCGUGAUAUUUGGUAUUAUGUAGACGUUAAAUAUUAUUUCCUUGAAAAAUAUUAUGAUUAUUAUCUUCUUUAAUUUAAUUAGUGUUCCGUAUCCAAAGGGUAAAACGGAACCCUAUAAAUAAGACUCCGCUGUCUGUCCGUCUGUCACCAAUGUGCCUAGUGGGAGUUUUCAAUAUUUACAUACUGUUACUAUCACGUUGACGUUUACGCAAAUUUGUAUGGAAUUGAAACAGUUGUGCAGUAGUGCCACUAGAUGGCGCUGUUUCAAUUCCUUACAAAUUCGCGUUUACGUUAAGUGAAAGUAACAGUAUCAAACCAAAGAUUACAGUGUAUUAUCAAACUGCCACUAAACUCUGGUUGUCCCAUAAUCCGUGAUAGUUGGAACGGUGUAUUAGAGUUAAAACGAAAAAAAUUUCUUGAAAAAAAUUAUAACUCAACUUUUUCAUUUAAAAGUAUAUAGAUUCCUAAAAAUUGUUUGUACCUACUUACAUUGUUUUGUUUUAAAAUUAAUUUUAAAAUUUAUUUACAUAUUUCUUCCAAUCAUAUUUUCGUGUUCCACUCCUAUUGAUUAAUUUAUAUAGGUAAUUAAUCUAGUAGAAUAGUUAAGAUGCAAGUAACUAUUCAAAAUUAUAAAUACAUGUACAUAAAAUACAAAUGAUAUGUUAUAAUUCUAUCGAAAUUUUAACUAUUAUAUCCCAACAGCUGUGUCUUAAUUAGGUAUGUUCAAUAUUUUCUUCCAUGUGUAAUAUACAAAACGUAUUUCUUAGCAUAUCUUUAAUGGAAAGCCAUUAAAUGUACAAUGAGCUUUUUUCUUCAUUUUCUUUGUUUCUUUCAAUAAUUUUAGCAGACUCAAGAGGUGAUUACAAAAAUAGGAAAACUAAUGUCGAACAAAGAUUCACAAAAUUUUGACAGGACAACUUAAUAACAAAUCAAACUGUAACCAAAAUAAGACCCUAGAUUGGCAGAGAAUGACCUUGAGUGAAGUCACGCACUUGUGAACGAUGUGUGUAGGGUUAAAGGCGCCUUUGACAGAUAUCUAACACUACCCUUUUCCACUCAAGUUACUCUCCCCGCCUAUCCCAAGUAGAAGUAACCCAUAAAGAAUUACACAACAAAAGAUGUGGACGGCUCGAACGCCAUGAGUACACUGAAGCCGUCCGUACCGCAAGUCGUUGCAACGCGGAGAUAACUAUAAAGCGACUGAGUUAGUAUAGACUAUAUAGCUAAACGUGAUUAUAUUUGUACCUGAAAGUUUUUUCAUCCUCCCCCUAACAAGUUCGCCCGCUUCCAUCUUAGAUUCAGGUGAGAUUGUAGUCAAGGGCUAACUUGUAAAGAAUAAAAAAAGUUAACAUUUCUAGCAUGAGAACUAACGUAGAAUCCGCGCCGCGAAACAAGUCCUGUAGACGCGCCGCUAAUGUCAUAAUGACGCUCAUCACCAUUUGCUAAUAGCGAUCUUAUUGUCAUUUACAUAAGGCGCUAUCAAUUUUAGUUCAAGUUUUAGCCGCGGGGCGUCUUUCGUAGCGCGGAGUCUAGACGGAGAAGUAAAUUGUCGAAUUACAAGUAUUUGGCAUGACGUCAAAACCGAAUAUCUUUUGACUGACCAUGUUGUCUAUUUAUUUCUUUGUCAUCAGCGUGAUAUAACAUUAAGUCACAAAUCACAAAGGUAUAAGUUAAUAAAUGUUACUAAUUCUAAUAAGUAAGUUCCUAUGAUGUUAUUAUUAUUUAUAUACAUAUGUAUUUACUUACGAAAAAAAUAUA